AUGGCGCCCUUGACCAGUUCAGCCAUCAACAAGGGCAAGAAGCUCGCUCCCAAAGCCGCGGUCGCCCGUCGUCGCCCUGCUGCUGCUCAACCCGCCGCUGCUACUCAGCCUUCUCAGCCUUCUCAUCUCGCCCAAUCUGCUCAAGCACCCGCACCAGAAACCACUUCCUCCGCUACUGCUUCCGAUACUGCUGCCGGCGCUGCACAACUAGAAGCAUCUUCGACGCAAUCCGACCGCCCUGCUUCUAACCCUCCUCUGCCUACGCCUCCCGCAACUCAGCAAACGACCACCACUCAGUCUGCCAAUGUCGUCGCUCAACAAUCCAUCAGACAGCCCACACCCCCACCAGCGCUUCCUCACCAUGUAGAGCCAUCACCUCUAUCUCUUGCUCAGUCCGAUGUAUCGCAUCACCAAACAAUUAUCUCUCCCUCUCUACAACCUCUAGUCGCUUCUACUCCACCUGUAACUCAAACUGAACCAACUCAACCUGAUUCUACUACAAACCAAGCUUCGCCUCAUGUUCAGCAGCCGUUCACACAUGGUCCGCCUUCUCCCAACCAGCUGGCUGGUCAGAAACGAAAGCGUCCCACUCCACCGCCUGCUGUCACAUCCGAUGAAUCUACUGUUCGCCAACCUUCACCAAUACCCGCUACUCAGCAAGCACAGCCCACACCAGCAUCUGAUCCCGAAGCUGCUUUGAUCAACACUCUCAUUAACCAUCAGGAACAACCUCGGGCCCCUGUAGCUCAGAUGCUGCCACCCGCAACUACACCUGCAAUAGCCCCCAAACCUCGCGCAAAGCGACAAAGAAAGGCUGCUCCUACCGCUGAGCCCUCGGUCGAGGCAGAUGACUCUUCUCAAGCUCUGGAAGGUGCUCAGGAAAAUGACUCGAGCACGACACCCGCUGCGAAACCAAGGAAGCCUAGAGCCCCGAGAGCCAAGCGCGCACCAAAAUCGGCGGCAACAGUAGUGGAAGACGAAGGUGCAAAUGCCAUUGAGACAGAAGACACCGCUUCUCGUCCUGUUCCGAAGCCAAGGAAACCCCGUCAGAAGAAAAAAUCACCACAGUCGUUCGAGGGAGAAGAAGGAACUGGCCAGGACGACAUCGAAGAUCCAGAGAAUCACGAGAUUGAUGUCGCGGAAACGACGAUGCUUGAACUUACCAAAGACAGAGGUCUGGGCAANAAGUCGGAAAGAGAAUCCAAGAUGGCCGCUAUAGAUUGGGACGAGGUGCACAGAAAGAGAGUGGCAGAAGCAGAAGCUAUCCGAGCUGGUAUAGACCCUGCUACUCUCAACAAUCAGCCGACAGAGAAUACCGAAGCUGGUGACGGGGGUGAAGGCGAGAACACCGAAGACACACCUCGACCAGCACCCGUCGCAACUGGACCUCGACUACGUAUAGAUGCCGAAGGCAAUCUGGUUGUGGACGAAGACAGUUUGCGUAUUGAUCGCCAAGCUCAAGCUGAGCGAAACGCCGAAAAUCUGGUCGUGACUGAAAACGAUGAUUUGACCAAACGUGUCAACCAGAUGAGCUGGAUCAACGAACGUCGACGCGAUCCUACUGACCGAGUGCCUUUCUUCAAGAUGAAGUCCGAUCCCUGGAGUGACGAGGAGACAGAUCGCUUCUAUGAGGCUCUCCGUAUGUUCGGCACGGACUUCUUUAUCAUCUCGAAAAUGUUCCCACCCAAGACUCGACGUCAGAUUAAGCUGAAGUUUAUUCGCGAAGAACGACUGGAUCCUGAUCGUGUGAAUCGUGUCUUGGCUGGUGAAGCAGUUCCUAUGAACCUCGAAUCAUUUGCGGAAGCCACUGGCCAGGAUCUUGGAGGUUUCAAGGACCCACGCGAAUUGGAAGAGGAAUUGAGGGUUGAGGGAGAAGAGCAGCGUGUAGAGAUUGCUCGUAAGAAGAAGGAGAUGGAAGAGGCCAAGGAACAGAGGGACAUACAAAUGGCCGCUCGAGAGAAGGAGCAGGAAGAACGUACGGCACAGAGACGCGAGAAAGCUGCUAUGCGCCAGAACAGGCGCAGAGGAAUCUUUGGUACUGGCACUUUCUGA